AUGAAAACGCCAUAUAAUAUGCUCAGUAGUAGUAAAAAAAUUCAUAAUUUUAAACCAGCAUUAUCGAAAAUAAGCACUGAUAGUACCCCAACAAAGAUUAAUGCAGCAAAGAAAAAAAAAUCUAGUUCUAGCACCAUUGAUAGUCCUAAUAAAGUUACACCCAGCAGCAAUAAUAAACCAUCAAGGAAAAAUAGCUUAUUGCAACAUAGGAAAAGACCUAUGAGCGCACAAAGGGUUUCAUUAUUUCAGUUUCCAUCGGUAACAGUGAAUAUUGUGUAUGAUCAGCAGCAAAAAUUAGGCAGUUCAAGAUUCAUAUCUGGUGUGGAUGGAGCUAGUGAGAGUAAUGAUACCCUAAUAAGUGAUAAUCAUAGUAGUACUAGUACUAACUGUAGUUCCAGUAGUUAUGGUAGUACUUUAAAAACAACACAAGACCACGGCUUGACCAAGGAAAUACGACAGGCCCUAGUCAUUGAAGAACCGAUUGAAAUCUAUGAGAUCAAAACUAUGGAUGAAAAUAAUAUAAGUAUAGGUUGCUAUCUCUCAUUAGGGAAAAAUGAUAAAAUAGUCAAUCCAAUAUUGCCCAAGUUGAAAAUCGUUAACAUUAGUAAAGAUAAUUUACGUUAUCAAAUAUAUUUUUUUGCGUCCCUACCAACCCUGAAGUAUUGGGAAUUAAUAUUUCCUGAAGACAUGCUUACUUCCUCGAGAUUAGAAUUUAUUGAUGUUUUAAGUAAAAUCUGUAAUUACCAACUAUACUCGGUGGUAAAAGAAGAACUGGAAACGGAUGAAAUAGAAGAGUUUUUAUAUUCAGAUGAUGAUUAUGAAGUAACUGGAGAUGAAGAAUUUUGCAAUGAUAUAAGUGGUUCCAUGGUAACAUCUUCCAAAUAUCAAGAAAAUUUACUCUAUAAUAAAAGAGUAAAUCAAGUGUUCCAAAAUGCAAUGAGUAAUAUUACAUAUAAGAAAACAAAUAAUGAGCUUUCUAACGGAACUUUGAACACUUUUUUUAAUAAAACAGAUAUUAAUUUCUCUUCUAACAAUAACAAGGCAAAAAAUAAAAGAUUUAGUAGUUAUGAUAUGAUUGAUAGAGAUUAUUUAAACGAUAAUAAUAAUAAUAAUAAUACAUCCUUUGUAAUAGACCCUUUUUCUAAUGUCAGAUCUGAUAGAAAAUUAUUAAAUAGGAGGUCUAUUUCAGUUCCACUAGAAUUUUAUAACGAUACCAAAUUAGAAGAUUUAUUUAAAAAAUUUAUAGACUAG